AUGUCCCACUUCUCCAGGAACAAGCACGAUAUUCUGAUGACCUAUGCCAACUUUGCCUUCGAGGCUGAACAGCUUACGGAGGAUGAUAUUGGUGAUUUCUCGGCCAUAGCUUUUGGCAAUGUAUCUGCUGCGGCAUCUCCGAACGAUGACAGGCCGGACUGUAGAGAAUACCCGGGAACACCUAACUGGCCUCUCGAUGAAGAAUGGUCACGGCUGAACCGCUCCCUAGGAGGGGCCUUGAUCAAGGGGAUCCCGCCCGCGGCGGUAUGUUAUGACGGGCCUUACAAGGACGAAGCUGCGUGUGCUUGGCUCACGUGGAACGUAACCUUUACUCGCUUUUACAUGAACGAUCCGGUCACAGUAUUUUCGGAAUGGCCCGAGGGAGAUACCUGCCACACAACCUUUGGGCAACAAACUGGCGAGAAUUGUACCCAAGGUGCUUUCCCUGUCUAUGUCGUCAACGCCACGACGGUGAGGCAGAUCCAGAUAGCUGUUAAUUUUGCUAGAAACAGGAACCUCCGACUCGUCAUCAAGAACACUGGGCACGAUUUUGUAGGCCGAUCGUCCGGCUUCGGAAGUCUCAGUAUCUGGACACACUGGCUGAAAGACUUCGAAUUCCUGCCCCGUUAUCGAAUUGGGGCGUACAAUGGCAGGGCAGCUAGAGUCGGUGUCGGUAUUGAGAGCUGGGAGAUGUUCGCAUACAUGAGCCGCUAUAAUAUGACGGCACUGGUUGCGGGAGGCUAUACCGUUGGAGCAUAUGGGGGUUGGAUUGCAGGUGGCGGACAUUCUGCCUUAGCUUCCAAGUACGGCCUUGGUGCUGAUCAGGCUCUGUCCAUCCAAGUCGUGACGGCCGACGGCAGAUUCGUCACUGCCGAUCCUCAUCAGAAUACAGACUUGUUCUAUGCGCUUCGAGGUGGUGGAGGGAGUAAUCUGAGUCGAGGUAUGCUGCUUGCUAACCAAAGAUGUAUAGGCACUUAUGGCGUCUUUUGGAAGGGUUUCGAUCUAUACCACGAAUUUGGUAAGAAGAUAGUCGACAAUGGCGGUACAGCAUGUUAUGUGUCUCGCCUUUUCGGUAACAGCAGCUUCAGCUUCACAGCAGACAUCGAACUCCCCAACGUGUCGGAAGAAUACCUAUUCGGAUUUGUGCAGCCACUGGUGAACGACUUAAAUGCGAUUGGACUAAACGUAACUAACCAGAAGCCGCAUCCAGCUACAAACUGGGCGUCUCUCACAGAGGGCAUAGGCGAUAUCCCAGGUAGUUCGCGCUUCGGCAGCCGUCUGUGGCCGCGCGCCAACUUCGAGGACCCGGACUUGUUUAAGGCGACACAGCUCGCGAUCCGGGAGUCGAUCGAAGCGGGCUACACGUUCCACGGGAUCCACAUGAAGCCGACCGAAGAGGUGGCAGGAUACCCAGGCAACAACGCAGUCAACCCGGCGUUCCGCAAGGCCAUCAUGCACGCCGACUUGUACGACUACUCGAUGCUACGGGGCUUGUCGCCAGCCGCUUUCAAGGCGACGCACGCGCAGCUGGCCAGCGCCAUGGAUAAGUGGCGGGCAGUAUCGCCGGGAGCGGGCGCAUAUUUCAACGAGUGCGACGUCCAGGAGCCAAACUGGCAACAGGCCUUCUUCGGAAGCAAUUACGGGAGACUGCUGCGGAUCAAGCGUCGACAUGACCCCUGGGGAGUGUUCUACGCCCCGACGACGGUGGGUAGUGAGGAUUGGGUGGUGCUUACGGAGGAUGAUAUGCCUACGCAGAAUGGGCCGUUGUGUAGAGCGGAUUCGGUGGAGGCAAGGAGGGGGGGGGUUAGGAAGGUGAAGUAG